AGUUUUAGAUAAAAAGGUUUCUGCUGUACGAUACGCAUUUCAGAUUCAAGAACGUUUUAGAUCAGUUUGGUGUUAACUUUUCUCAUAAUCGUCUCUGUAAGAGAAUUUUGUUUAAUUGCAGCUUUUAUUUUUUAAUUGAAUUCAUUAUUUUAAAAAAUGAAUCUUCUAUGUUUUGCCGUUUUAGUAUUCUCUGCAAUUAGUAUAGGAAAUGCUUAUGUUUCUGAGUCAGAUGUCAUUAAAGAGGAAUGGCAAGCUUUUAAAGCAGAAUUUAAUAAACUCUACGAAGAAGCAGAAGACUUAUUCAGAAUGAAAGUGUUCAUGGAAAAUAAACAUAAAAUAGCUCAUCAUAACAAGAUGUAUUUAACUGGCCAUAAAUCGUACAGCUUAGCCAUGAACAAGUUUGGCGAUUUGCUUCAUCAUGAGUUUAUAUCAGCUGUAAAUGGUUUCAGACGCAACUAUAACGAAAGUCUUGCUAGUGGUUCUACUUUCUUAACUCCUGCCAAUAUCCAACUUCCUGAAAAUGUCAACUGGACUGCAAAGGGUUAUGUUACACCAGUUAAAGAUCAAGGGCAGUGUGGCUCGUGCUGGUCUUUCAGUGCUACUGGAGCUUUGGAAGGCCAACAUUUUCGUAAAACUGGCAAACUUGUAUCAUUGAGUGAGCAAAAUCUUGUUGACUGUUCUGGUAAAUUUGGCAAUGAAGGUUGUAAUGGUGGACUGAUGGACCAAGCUUUUGAGUACAUUAAGGAAAAUCAUGGUAUUGAUACCGAAGAAGCUUAUCCCUACAAAGCAAAGCAAGGUAGAUGCCAUUACAAGAAAAAGGAGAGGGGUGCUACUGAUACCGGUUUUGUAGAUAUUCCUAGUGGAGAUGAACAAAAGUUAAUGGAAGCAGUAGCAACUAUUGGACCUGUUUCUGUAGCUAUUGAUGCUAGUCAUGAGACCUUCCAAUUUUAUUCAAAAGGUGUAUACAAUGAGCCUGAAUGCAGUAGUCAAGAACUUGAUCAUGGAGUCUUAGUAACAGGCUAUGGAACUACUAAGAAUGGAGAGGAUUAUUGGAUUGUUAAAAACAGUUGGGGCACAUCUUGGGGAGAUGAUGGCUACAUCAAGAUGUCUCGUAAUAAGGAAAACCAAUGCGGAAUUGCAACUCAAGCAAGCUACCCAUUGGUGUAACUCUCAAUCUUUUAGAUACAUUUUCUUUUGCAUUUAUUUAUAUGCAAGGUCAACCCGGAAAAGUUCUUCCUGUGUGAUUUUCAUUUAUCUUAUGUUUGCUUUUAUUACUUAAACCUUUUUGGUCUUAUGUUAAAUGUACAUCGACAUUUUUGUUACUUAUUUUUUAAUAAAUGUUUUUUAAAAA